AUGAACGAUCCAGUUCUGCGGUCCCUUCUCAGGCAGCUUGAAGAGUGUAGACGUAUUAUCUCCGCGGAGGGGGCGGGGGUGCUGAACCGGGUCGACGCCGGCGGUCACACCCCAGCGCAUUGGGCUUCUCUGGCCGGUGCCGUGGACGCCAUCCGCCUUUUUCUGGAGGCUGGCGGCCCCGUCGACCUGCCCGGCUCGGGGGAGCAGGCUCACAGGCCGGUGCACUGGGCCGCGGCGAAGGGGCACGUCGCCGUGGUGGAUCUGCUUCUGGGGGCCGGGGUCUCCGCGGACACGGCCGACGGCAGGGGCUGCACCCCCCUGAUCCUGGCCGCGCAGCACGGCCACACCGCACUCUGCUGCUACCUGAUCGGGAGGGGGGCCCUGCUCCGCCUCUGCGACGUGGAGGGGGACAGCGCCUUGCACUGGGCCGCUUUUAAAGGACGUUGGGAGUUGACCCGAUUGUUGAUUUAUUCUGGAUUCAACCCAAAACAACCGGAUAAGUUUGGUCAGACCCCCCUGCACCUGGCUGUCCUCAGCGGAGACUUGCUGACCGUGGAGCUGUUUUGCGAGCAGGAUGGAGUAGAUUUGGAAACGGCGGACAUGAACGGGAACACCCCUCUGAAAUUGUCCCGUGCUCACAAACACUGGAAGAUAUCCGCAUACCUGGAGAACGCCAUAUCCCGGUCUGGCAAGCUCAUUCCCAAGUUUGACUGGAGUGCUUUGGUGUUUGGUCCACCGGGAAAGUCCAAGGGCCCAGUUCUUUUCCUGCUAUGUUGCCUGUUCCUCUGGGGGUACCCCACUUACCUGCUCAAGAUUGUCUCGGUCUCCUUCAACAAGCUGUGGGAGUUUCAUGUGGCCUUCCUGCUUGCCAAUGCACUGAUGUGGUUUCUCUUUCUAAAAGCUUCCCUGAUGGAUCCAGGGUUUCUUCCCAGAGACAGUAAGGAAUAUGAUCAGGCCAUUAGACAGGCGGUGCACUGUGAGGCCUGGCGUCAGGGCAAGAACCCGCUCCUGAGACUUUGUCACACCUGCCACAUCGUCAGGCCCCUGCGCGCCAAACACUGCCGCGCCACCAACCGCUGCGUGGAGCAGUUCGACCACUACUGCCCCUACAUCUACAACACGGUGGGCCGCAGGAACAGGACGUACUUCCUGGGGUUCCUGAGCUCGAUGAGCCUGAACUGCUUCAUGGGCGUGUACCUGUGUGUGGACUGGUUUUCCCAGAUGGGCCGGAGCCUGUUCAUCGGGACAGGGUUCCUCUUCAUGGCCAUCGUUGGAGCGAUAUCUGGCAUCAUGGCCUUCAUCUGUCUGCACAUGGCGGCUCUGAACACCACCACCAACGAGCUGCUGAACCGUCACAAGUACGGCUACCUGCGGGACGAAGAGGGCCGGGCCGGCAGCCUGUUCGACCGCGGCGCGCUGCUCAACCUGCUGGAGUACUUCCACGUAGUCCCCCCCCCGCAGGAGGGCCAGCUUAGGACCGUGGAUCAUCUCCAGGUUAUAUGACGCUAACGCUGCCUCCAGGACCUGAACUGAACUACCUAUAAGCAGACAACGUACAACCUUUAAGCAAACCACUCUGGCACAAUGGCUAAGCAACCUUUCCUGGAGGGAAAGUAAUGGACUAUGUUGCUAUUUUCGCUGAGCUAUCAAGAUGCACGGAGUGGAAACAGCAGUACAAGGGGAAAAAAACUUCAGGUAGACUCAAAUUAGUUUUUUUUUUUUUUCCUUCUUUUAAAAUAACUCAGAAUGCAGCUGCAAACUGCUCCAGCUGUCUGACCUUAUCACCAGCAUCAUACGCUGCUCAAUUCCAAAAAUGUAUGUACAGGAGCAUAAAAUUGCCUGCUUGGAGCUUUGCUUAAGACCUGCCGGGCUGUUCAUAACCUCUCUUCACUGCAGGCUCUUUCACGUGUCUCACUGUUUGCUGUUUGUGUGCUGCUGCUUUUGUCCAAUCAGAUGCGCCUCUCUCUGCUGCAGCCAUGCUGGAGGAUAUUGUUGCACACAGAGGUAUAUCAAGGGAGUGCUGUAUGCAUGAGACACAGAGGGUGGUUAUUCUCUAAGACAGAAAUUCUGUCGGUGUCUGUGGAUAGGCUGCCAGGUGGGUCGACCUGAAGUGCUUUCUCAGUUUGGACUGCCAGAACCGAUCAGGCCCAGCAGGGCAGUCCUGUCACCCAGAGAGGGGCAGGGUUUUGGUUGAUGGGGUCGACACGCAGGAUCACCUGUGAUUUGACUGCACCGGCCGUACAGGACGGGCAGUCCCGUGGCACAGUGACUGCGCACCUGGGAUUGUGGACUGCACCGUGACAACCCGUCAACGGAAGGAGACUCAUGUGUUCAUGAGCGAUUUCUUCAACAAGCAGUGGAAUGUUGUAGCAAUGCAAUGGUUUUGCUAAUAUGAUCAUUGACAUUCUAGACUGGACAAAACGUAAGUAAUAUGGGUAAAGAUUUCUUUAGAAAAAUACUGGAUAAUGGGUAGUCAGCUUCAUGCAGACACAAACACAAAGUUGUGGUUUGUAGCUGUAAUGUCAGUAGAAUAGGUGCUGUCUGGGCUGCGGGCAAUGCCAAAACAGUAGCGGGCAUAACUGUAGCAACUGAGGAAUUUGCCACUGGACUGUGCUCUUCAUCUUUUUCCUGCUGCCCCCAGUAUUUCACAAUCACUCUGAACAAUGGCACACAGCUAAAUCUUCAGUGUUCAUUCACCUCUAACAGUUUAUAUGUGUAUACACUGGAUAAAAGAUACGCCAAUUUCUAACACUCAUUUUUUCCUGUGCUGGUUUCCUUAGCCCAUUCUUUCCAAGGAUACAACAAUGGGUAUACAGUUCCACUCAAAUACCUGUGAGGAUGACUAGUUUUCCAUAAAGAUAAUUUUAUUGUAUUCAGGAGUAAGGUUUCCUAUGUCAGGAUUGUGUGAGUGGGCAUCCUGUUGUUAAAACAAGUAGUUUUUAUAGCACAAGGCCUUGGCUCACUCUUAUGGCCAUUCCAGGCAGUGUCAAUGUCAAGUUCAAUGUCACAAUGCUAAACUAAUUCCUUAUGCUAAUGAAAAAUGUACAUAACAAG